AAAAAAAAAAAAACUACAUAGCUAUCGCAUGCUCAGCCCACAAAGAGAAAUAGUAUUGGAGAGGCAGGGCAGCAGGGCAGAGUUGCAGAUGAAAAGAGCCUAGAGAAAAUACUUCUUCAAGCUUUGAUAUACAACUACCAGACAAAAUAAAAAUGAAUGGACAGAAGCACUUGACACAGGUGGCCAUGAUGGCACUCCUGGUGCUAACAGUGAUGGCAGCUGAAGGGGGCAAAGCAGAGAAACAAGGAAAGAAGGAGCGCAAGUCGGACUGUGGGGAGUGGCAGUGGAGUGUAUGUGUAGCCAACGAAGGGGACUGUGGAAUCGGCACCAGGGAGGGAACGCGCACCGGCACUGACUGCAAGCAGACCAUCAAGACCCAACGCUGCAAGAUCCCUUGCAACUGGAAGAAGAAGUUUGGAGGGGAAUGCAAGUACGACUUCCAGGCUUGGGGGGAGUGCGAUCUGGUGACGCGCAAGAAGAACAGGACGGGCGUGCUGAAGCGAGCGCUCAUGGAUGCAACCUGUGCCACCACUGUCACAGCCACCAAGCCCUGUGGGAAAAACCCCAAGCCCAAACCGCGAGAUGCAAAUAACCAAAAGGAAGGCAAUAAGCGAGUUCGCACCCAACUGGACUGAUGAGGUUGUUUGUCCCAGGGAGGAAGGGAAAAGAGAGUGGAAAGACGUCCACUGCCCUAUUUCAACACGGUUCCUCUUUGUAUGUCCUGUAGGUUGACAGUAGGAGCCUAUAGAGCUUUGACAAAACCAGUGGAAAUAUGACUUUUAGUGACGAUAUGUUUUACCUUUUCUUCUUUCUAGCACCUGAUAAGAAACAACUUGUAUGUUGCGAUAGGAGAUAUAAUACUCAGCGGUAGGGAAGAAUAAUGAAUAUGGAAGAGAUUUGUUUGUUAGUGUUCUUACCUAAUGAUGUUAUUUCUAGGAUUAUUUUCUUAAGAACAAAUUGGAGAGGAUUUGUUUUACAGUUGCAUAGCCUAACUCUAAUUUGGAAAACUCUCCGGUCCAUGCUUGGACUUAAUGAAGCAGUUUGCUAAAAGUGAAGCCCUAAACAUUUUCACGUAAUUAAUUUGAGUACAAAAACAAAGUUGUGCAUUUGCAAUUUUUCAAGUGGCUCAAGUUAAUAAUAAUACUUUACCUGUUAUUCUGUGCUAUAUGAUAUGUUUCUUUUAUUUCCAGUAAGAAUAAACAUAAGCUAAUUCUUCUGGAGGCUGCAUGAAAUAGCUAAGUGUGCAAACUACAACUGUUUUUAAUUUGUCUUCCUCCUGCUGCUCUGGUGUACCUCAAUUUAUACAAACUGAUUUUUACUCUCCAGCUCUUGGCUGUAAAAAAAAUAAAAAUAAAGUCCUCACUAUUGUAGUCCUCA